AUGACUGACGUCGCUGCAGUGCCGAUCUCAGAGCUCCUACACGAUGCUGAGAAAGGAGGCUGUCACGCUGGCAUCACAUAUUUGCAGCAGAUGAGACUUAGGAAAAUGGUGCUCGAACAAGUACUGCUAGCCUCCUUACAAGCUGGUGCUGACGACUGGAGUGCUUACUGUUUGAAAGCCCUCAAGAAAAGGUUCCCGAAAUCCCACAGAGUUCAGCGUUUGGUCGGCCAGUGCAGCGAGGCACGCGGAGAUUAUGACGCUGCUCUAACGGAAUAUGAGACUAUCAUGGAGAAUGCUAGCGAUGAUAUGGCUACUGAGAAACGCAAGUUGGCGGCUAAGUUGGGAGAAAUCGGGUCUAACACAGCGGCUGGUGUCGAGGCUCUGUCGAACGAUGUGUCCAACUUCCAGACUGAUCCUGAGUUCUGGCAACAGAUGGCGAUGGCGUACGCUGGGCAGGGCCAGGCCCGGCAAGCUGCCUAUUGCUUUGAGGAGGUGCUCUUGGCCAUGCCUCACAGCAUCUACAACAUUCUCACUUAUGCAGAGCUUCUGGCUAGCGCGGGACAAAUCGAUGAUGCUCGGAAGUACUACUGCUUGGCCCUGGAGCACGAUGAGAAGCAUGUGAGAGCGUUGUGGGGUUUGCUGUCUACCAUACCACCUAAGGUCGACAACAAGACUGAGGCCAAGCUCCGUAACCUCACUGUGGGCCGUCUGAGAGCUAUUUACAAGGAGCAACCGGCGAACUCUACCAGAACUGCUAUGCUAGAGCUCCUGGCGUAG